AUGGUUCUCAAGGCGAGAUACAAGGUCGAUGAGCAGAAUGUUCCCAAAUACAGUGGACUUACUGGCAAACGCCUCAACAUUGCGAUCUCUGUCAUCGCCACAUCUGGAUUCUUGCUAUUCGGUCAGUAUCGAUCAAUUUUUGUUUGCGAUUACACGCUGACUCGCAAACCAGGCUACGAUCAAGGUGUCAUGAGCGGUAUCAUCACAGGCGAGGACUUCAACAAUUACUUUCCACAAACGAAAAACAACGCCACUUGGCAAGCUUUCGUGACAGCCAUCUAUGAAAUUGGAUGCUUAUUCGGCGCCAUCUUCUCCCUCAUCUUCGCUGACAGGGUCGGUCGCCGCCGCUCGAUCGUUCUGGGUGCUGCCAUCAUGGUCGUUGGGGUGCUCAUUCAGAUCACCGCCUUCACCGGACAUUCUCCCACCGCACAAUUUUUGAUUGGACGAGUCGUUACUGGUGUCGGCAACGGUAUCAACACGAGCACCAUCCCCACCUACCAAGCCGAGUGCUCCAAGUCCCACAACCGUGGCCUGCUCAUCUGCAUCGAGGGUGGUGUCAUUGCCUUUGGCACGCUCAUCGCAUACUGGAUUGACUAUGGUGCUUCUUAUGGACCAUCUGGCCUCACCUGGCGCUUCCCAAUCGCCUUCCAGAUUGUGUUCGGCCUUAUCAUCGCAAUUGCCAUGAUCUGGCUACCUGAGUCUCCUCGCUGGCUCUUGAGCAAAGACCGAACUGAAGAAGCUACUGUUGUGCUUGCAGCUCUUGCAGGAGAAUCUAAAGACCACGAUGAUGUUAAGCUUCAGAUGGGCAUCAUCGUUGACUCUAUCCGAGCUUCUGGCCACUCUAGCGGCAGCACUCCCUACAGCGCUCUGUUCACUGGUGGCAAGACACAGCAUUUCCGUCGCAUGAUGCUUGGUGUUUCCAGCCAGUUCUUCCAGCAAAUUGGAGGAUGUAAUGCUGUCAUCUAUUACUUUCCUCUACUAUUCCAGCAGUCAGUUGGAACCAGCCAUAACCUCGCACUGCUCCUCGGUGGCGUCAACAUGAUCGUAUAUGCAGUCACCGCCACAGUCUCCUGGUUCUUGAUCGAGCGUGUCGGCCGCCGCAAGCUCUUCAUCAUCGGCAGUGUCGGACAGUCGCUUUCCAUGGUCCUGGCUUUCGCUUGCCUCAUUCCUGGUACUCCGUCCGCCGCAAUUGGUGCCGGUGUCGCAUUCUUCUUGUACAUCGGCUUCUUCGGUGCCACCUGGCUGCCUCUACCAUGGCUCUACGCUGCGGAGAUCAACCCAGUCAAGACUCGCGCCAGAGCCAAUGCCGUCUCUACCGUCUCCAACUGGCUGUGGAACUUCACCGUCGUCAUGUUCACACCACCUUUUGUCGCCUCCUCCGCAUGGGGCGCUUACCUCUUCUUCGCCGUGGUCAACAUUCUAUUCGUACCCGUCAUCUACUUCUUCUAUCCUGAGACGGCACGCCGAUCGCUGGAAGAAAUCGAUCUCAUCUUCGCCAAGGGCUACAUCGAGAAGAUGAACUACGUCCGCGCUGCCAAAGACCUCCCACACAUGACAGAGCAAGAGGUCGAAGUCAAGGCUCGCGAGUAUGGCUUCGUCAGCGAUGACGAGGAAGCUGGUGGACACACCAAGGCACGAUUUGGCGAGAAGGAAGAUGAUUUGGCACCUAAUGCUGGUGGGUUGAUGUGA